AUGAAACAGGAGUCCUGGUUAUUGCUGUACUACCAGCGCGCCGCAGUCCGGAACCAGUGCGCGGCGGCGGCGGCAUUUCCGGGGGGGGUGGGUUGGCGGGAGGCCCGGAGCGGCGAUGGUACGCAGAGCCAGGCGGCGGCUGGGGCCUCGGCCUUGUUCGCGGGGCUGCAGGACCUGGGUGUGGCCAACGGUGAGGACCUGAAGGAGACCCUUACCAACUGCACCGAGCCGCUUAAGGCCAUCGAGCAAUUCCAGACAGAGAAUGGCGUGCUGCUGCCCUCCCUGCAGUCGGCUCUGCCCUUCUUGGACCUGCACGGGACUCCACGGCUGGAGUUCCACCAGUCGGUGUUUGAUGAGCUGAGGGACAAGCUGCUGGAGCGGGUGUCAGCCAUCGCCUCGGAGGGAAAGGCGGAGGAGAGGUAUAAGAAGCUGGAAGACUUGCUGGAGAAGAGCUUUUCCCUGGUCAAGAUGCCCUCCCUGCAGCCCGUGGUGAUGUGCGUCAUGAAACAUCUGCCAAAGGUUCCUGAGAAGAAGCUGAAGCUGGUCAUGGCUGACAAGGAGCUGUACCGAGCCUGUGCAGUAGAGGUGAAGCGGCAGAUCUGGCAGGACAACCAGGCGCUCUUUGGAGAUGAGGUGUCUCCAUUGCUGAAGCAGUACAUACUGGAGAAGGAAAAUGCACUCUUCAGCACGGAGCUCUCUGUCCUGCACAACUUCUUCAGUCCUUCCCCCAAGACCAGACGCCAGGGUGAGGUGGUACAGAAGCUGACACAGAUGGUGGGGAAGAACGUGAAGCUGUAUGACAUGGUGUUGCAGUUCCUGCGCACGCUUUUCCUGCGGACCAGGAACGUGCACUACUGCACGCUGAGGGCCGAGCUGCUUAUGUCCUUGCAUGACCUUGAUGUGGGCGACAUCUGCACCGUGGAUCCCUGCCACAAGUUUACGUGGUGCCUGGAUGCCUGCAUCCGAGAGCGGUUUGUGGACAGCAAGAGAGCCCGGGAGCUGCAGGGAUUUCUGGAUGGCGUGAAGAAGGGGCAGGAGCAGGUCCUGGGGGACCUGUCUAUGAUCCUUUGUGACCCCUUUGCCAUUAACACAUUGUCGCUGAGCACCAUCAGGCACCUACAGGAGCUGGUCAGCCAGGAAACAUUGCCCAGGGACAGCCCUGACCUCCUCCUGCUGCUCAGGCUGCUGGCUCUGGGUCAGGGGGCAUGGGACCUGAUCGACAGCCAGGUCUUCAAGGAGCCAAAGAUGGAAGUAGAGCUCAUCACCAAGUUCCUGCCGAUGCUCAUGUCCUUUGUGGUGGACGACUACACAUUCAAUGUGGACCAGAAGCUUCCGUCUGAGGAGAAAGCACCAGUCACGUACCCCAACACGCUUCCUGAAAGUUUUACCAAGUUCUUGCAGGAGCAGCGUAUGGCCUGUGAGGUCGGGCUGUACUAUGUCCUGCACAUCACGAAGCAGAGGAACAAGAAUGCACUGCUGCGUCUGCUGCCCGGGCUGGUGGAGACCUUUGGCGACCUGGCCUUCAGUGACAUCUUCCUCCACCUCCUCACUGGGAGCCUGGCCCUGCUGGCUGAUGAGUUUGCCCUGGAAGAUUUCUGCAGCAGCCUCUUUGAAGGUUUCUUUCUUACCGCCUCACCCAGCCUCACGGAGACAAGCCUGCACUCACGUUGGAGCAUGGGGCUUAUUCUGGAAGAGCCAUGGGUCUUGAGCAUGUCUGCCCGCACUCACUGGGGCCUGGUGCUGUGCUGUGCACCUGUUCCUGAGAAGAAGCUGAAGCUGGUCAUGGCUGACAAGGAGCUGUACCGAGCCUGUGCAGUAGAGGUGAAGCGGCAGAUCUGGCAGGACAACCAGGCGCUCUUUGGAGAUGAGGUGUCUCCAUUGCUGAAGCAGUACAUACUGGAGAAGGAAAAUGCACUCUUCAGCACGGAGCUCUCUGUCCUGCACAACUUCUUCAGUCCUUCCCCCAAGACCAGACGCCAGGGUGAGGUGGUACAGAAGCUGACACAGAUGGUGGGGAAGAACGUGAAGCUGUAUGACAUGGUGUUGCAGUUCCUGCGCACGCUUUUCCUGCGGACCAGGAACGUGCACUACUGCACGCUGAGGGCCGAGCUGCUUAUGUCCUUGCAUGACCUUGAUGUGGGCGACAUCUGCACCGUGGAUCCCUGCCACAAGUUUACGUGGUGCCUGGAUGCCUGCAUCCGAGAGCGGUUUGUGGACAGCAAGAGAGCCCGGGAGCUGCAGGGAUUUCUGGAUGGCGUGAAGAAGGGGCAGGAGCAGGUCCUGGGGGACCUGUCUAUGAUCCUUUGUGACCCCUUUGCCAUUAACACAUUGUCGCUGAGCACCAUCAGGCACCUACAGGAGCUGGUCAGCCAGGAAACAUUGCCCAGGGACAGCCCUGACCUCCUCCUGCUGCUCAGGCUGCUGGCUCUGGGUCAGGGGGCAUGGGACCUGAUCGACAGCCAGGUCUUCAAGGAGCCAAAGAUGGAAGUAGAGCUCAUCACCAAGUUCCUGCCGAUGCUCAUGUCCUUUGUGGUGGACGACUACACAUUCAAUGUGGACCAGAAGCUUCCGUCUGAGGAGAAAGCACCAGUCACGUACCCCAACACGCUUCCUGAAAGUUUUACCAAGUUCUUGCAGGAGCAGCGUAUGGCCUGUGAGGUCGGGCUGUACUAUGUCCUGCACAUCACGAAGCAGAGGAACAAGAAUGCACUGCUGCGUCUGCUGCCCGGGCUGGUGGAGACCUUUGGCGACCUGGCCUUCAGUGACAUCUUCCUCCACCUCCUCACUGGGAGCCUGGCCCUGCUGGCUGAUGAGUUUGCCCUGGAAGAUUUCUGCAGCAGCCUCUUUGAAGGUUUCUUUCUUACCGCCUCACCCAGGAAGGAGAAUGUGCACCGGCAUGUGCUGCGGCUGCUGCUCCACCUGCAUGCUCGGGUGGCCCCAUCCAAGCUGGAGGCCCUGCAGAAGGCUCUGGAGCCCACAGGCCAGAGCGGCGAGGCUGUGAAGGAGCUCUAUUCCCAGCUCGGAGAGAAGCUGGAGCAGCUGGACCAUCGGAAGCCCAGCCCUGCUCAAGCUGCUGAGACGCCCACACUGGAGCUGCCCCUGCCCAGCAUGCCUGCCGCGGCCGGGCUCUAGGCGGGGGCUGGUGGUCGUGGCUUCUGCCCGCCAUGGCACCCACUCACCGUCCUGGGGCCUAGCCCUGUGCUGUAGGUACUGCGAGGGUUUUCAUAGCAGGAAGGCCGUGCUGCAGGUUUUCACAGCCGUGGCAGGGAUGGGCGGAGAGGGUGAGGAAGGGGAAAGCAGGGCUCUGACUGGCCCCACUCUGUGGCCCAGGCUGAGGGUGGGUGCCUUGCUGGUCAGAGCAGGGGUUGCUGGCCAGUGUCUGCGGGGCUGGAGAUGCCACUGGGCAGCAACCUUGGGGUGCACUGUCCCCAUAUCUAUGGCCCCUCAGGCAGCACCUCCCCUGGAGCACCCUGCCUCAGUUUACUCACUAACUGCUGCUUGCCCAGCUGCACCGUGACCCUGGGCGAGCCAAUGAAAACACACAAGGAAGUCUCCAUGGAUG